AUGGCCAUUGUAGAGAUUGUUUUGGGUUCCGUCUUGGCUUCCUUCUUUCAGGUCCUAUUCGACAAAUUAGCUUCUUUGGGAUUGAGCAAUGCGCAAAGGGAAGGAGCACCGCCCUUCUCUGGAAUCAGCACCGACCUGCUCAAUAAUUGGAGGAAGACGCUAGAUACAAUCAAUGCAGUGCUGGAUGAUGCAGAGGACAGGCAACUGAGCAGUAAUUGUCUAGUGAAGCUGUGGUUGGACGAUGUUAGGGACUUGGCCUAUGACAUGGAAGACUUGCUCGAUGUGCUCGCGCUCCAAGCCACUCAGGUUAAGUCGGGGGCAAAAUCCAGCACAAGCAGAGGUCGGAUAAAUUGGAAGUUCUCUUGCUUUGGCCAAGAUAAAUCCUCCAGAUCGAAUCUAAACCCGUGCUUGCUCGUGUCUGAAACCGAGGUCCAGGAGAUCAAUGGCAGGUUGGAAGAUAUUGUCAUCAGGAAGGAUCGUUUAAGCUUGAGAGAGAAUGUUGUGGGCAAAUCUUACUACACCAACCAAAAGCUCCCUAGCACUUCUCUGCCGGAGACUCAGUUUUUUGGCAGGAAGAAGGAAGAAGCACAGAUACUCGAACGAUUGGUCAGUGAGGUCGAAAAUUCUGAUGCCACGCUGAGCAUAGUCCCCAUAGUUGGGAUGGGUGGUGUUGGAAAGACGGCAUUGGCUCAACGGCUGUAUAAUGAUGCUAGAGUGAAAAGCUAUUUCGAGACGAGAGCAUGGGUUUGUGUGUCAGAUGUUUUUGAUGUUUUUGACAUAACAAAGACUAUUUUGCGGUCGAUCACCGGGUUGUCCUGCGAGGGCGAAGAUCUUAACGGACUUCAAGUUAAGUUGAAGGACAGUUUAUCCGGGAAGAAGUUUCUUGUGGUUUUAGACGAUGUAUGGAAUGAGAACUACGGAAAAUGGACUGACUUCUUAAAGCCAUUUGAAGCGGGGGCCAAGGGAAGCAAGAUCAUUGUCACGACUCGCAACCUUCCCGUUGUUUCCAUAAGAGGAGCUUCACCGUAUCAUUUGGAGCAGCUGUCCCUUGAUAAUUCCACCCAGAUCUUGAAAGAAUAG